AUGGUGGAUCUAGCUACUGCGUUGAUUCACGCGGAUGACAAGGAUAAUAGGGUGACGGAUGUUGCUCCUCCUAUCAAUGUUAGCACUACCUUUCGUUACGAUGAGAACGAGUUGAUUCCAUGGAGUGAACGUGAGAGUUUCGAGUUUAUGGACGAGACUCCGAUCUAUUCGAGGCUCUCCCACCCCAACAGCACGAGAUUGGAGUCAGUAUUCUCGGAGAUCCUCGAGGGGAACGCCGUGGUAUAUUCCUCAGGAGUGGCUGCGUUCUUUGCUGCUAUGGUUCACUACAAUCCGAAGAGAGUGUUCAUGGGCAACAGUUACCAUGGUUGUCAGUCAGUUGUCAAGAUACUGGGUAGAAACUAUGGCGUCGAGAGGUACAUGCUAGAGGAUAUCGAGGAGCACGCCUCGAAGGGCGACAUUGUGCAUAUAGAGACGCCUGUGAAUCCAUACGGUACCUCCGUAGACAUUGAGUCUUUCGCAAGGAGGGCUCACGCCAAAGGCGCUUUGCUUCUUGUCGACUCUACGUUUGCUCCUCCACCUCUUCAGUAUGCUUGGAAAUUCGGCGCUGAUAUCAUAUUGCACUCCGCAACCAAGUAUUUUGGUGGCCAUUCGGACUUGCUAAGCGGUGUUCUGGUGGUUAAAGAUCCUGGGGUGGCCGCACAGCUCAGGAAUGAUAGGAUUUACUUGGGUACGAACGCCUCGAAUCUAGAAAGCUUUCUGCUCUUGAGGUCGCUUAGAACCUACGAGCUUAGAAUUAACAAGCAAUCGCAGAGCGCUACACAGAUCGCAAAAUACCUGCACGAGCAUCAGAAGGACUUCAAUGGUGUUCUCAGCGCUGUGUACCACUCAUCCCUGCAGACAGAGCAGUACGUCAAGACGCAGCUGGAAGGUGGCUACACUCCGGUCCUAUCGAUUACUCUAAGCACCAAAGAACAGUGCAAGUCUUUCACCAAGAAGCUCAAAUUUUUCCACCAUGCCACGUCUCUGGGCGGUGUCGAGUCGCUUGUCGAAUGGAGGGCUAUGACCGAUCCUAACGUCGACCAGACAUUGAUAAGAAUCUCCGUUGGUUGCGAAUCUGCAGAAGACCUCAUCAACGAUCUGGUGAAUGCUCUACAUGAGGUGCAGGACGCAACAACAUGA